AUGAGAUCAUAUACCUCAAAGGCUGGUAUGUCCUAUGUCACAAAGAAUAAAAACCAUUUGAACAUAGGGACAUGGAAAGGUAAAAGAACACAUAUUGGAGAGAAACCCUAUGAAUGUCCUGAGUGUGGUAAAGCCUUUCCUCAGCACAGUAAUCUUCAAAUACAUAAAAGAACACAUACUGGAGAGAAACCCUAUGAAUGCAUUCAGUGUGGUAAAGCGUUUGCUCAUUACAGUUCUAUUAAAGUGCAUAAAAGAACACAUACUGGAGAAAAACCCUAUGAAUGUCAUCAGUGUGGUAAAGCCUUUGCUCUGCAAAGUCAUCUUCAAAUACAUGUAAGAACACAUACUGGAGAGAAACCCUAUGAAUGCAAUCAGUGUGGUAAAGUCUUUGCUCAGCACAGUCAUCUUCAAAUACAUGUAAGAACACAUAAUGGAGAAAAACCUUAUGAAUGUCCUCAGUGUGAUAAAGCCUUUGCUCAGCACAGUAGUCUUCAAAUACAUAAAAGGACACAUACUGGAGAGAAACCCUAUGAAUGCAAUCAGUGUGGUAAAGCCUUCGCUCAUCACAGUUCUAUUCAAGUGCAUAAAAGAACACAUACUGGAGAGAAACCCUAUGAAUGUCAUCAGUGUGGUAAAGCCUUUGCUCUGCAAAGUCAACUUCAAAUGCAUAAAAGAACACAUACUGGAGAGAAACCCUAUGAAUGCAAUCAGUGUGGUAAAGCCUUUGCUCUGCAAAGUCAACUUAAAAGGCAUAAAAGAACACAUACUGGAGAGAAAACUUAUGAAUGCAAUCAGUGUGGAAAAGUCUUUGCUCAGAAAAGUCAUCUUCAAGGGCAUGUAAGAACACAUACUGGAAUGAAACCCUAUGCAUGUAAUCAGUGUGGUAAAGCCUUUGCUCAGAACAAUAAUCUUCAAAUACAUAAAAGAACACAUACUGGAGAGAAACCCUAUGACUGUAAUAAGUGUGGUAAAGCCUUUGCUCAGAACAGUAAUCUUCAAAGGCAUAAAAGAACACAUACUGGAGUGAAACCCUACGAAUGUAAUCAAUGUGGUUAAGCUUUUGCUCAGCACAGUUAUCUUCAAAUGCAUAAAAUAACACAUAGUGGAUGGAACCCCUAUUAAUGUCAUCAGUGUGGUAAUGCCUUUGCUCGGCAAUGUAUUCUUCAAGUGCAUAAAAGAACACAUACUGGAGUGAAAUCCUAUGAAUGAAAUAAUUGUGGUAAAGCCUUCACAUGUCACAGAAAUCUUAAAAUACAUAAAACCCCACAUACUGGAGAAAAUCCCUAUUGAUGGAUGAAUUCUGUUUUUUCUUAAUUAUAAAAUUCCAGAGUCAGAUAUUAGACUGAAUUCUGAAAGAUCCAAAGAUCAUUUAAAUCAAUUGCGAGAUCUUUCCUAUACAAAAUCCUCAGAACAAAUGGGGUAUGCUCUCUCCUAUGAUCCUCACAAUGCAUGCCAACUUUAUGAAACCUCAGACUGAUUCCUGAAUUUCUGUCUCUUCUCUCCAUACAUUCUUAGCAUCUCCACUUUCCAAUGCUUGGAUUAAGUUGGGGUAUCACCACUUGGCUGAUUCUCUUUUAGAUUUAUUAUUGUGAAUCACAGGAUUGCCUUGAACUCACAGACCACAUUUGCCUGUGUCUCCCAAGUACUGGGAUUAAAGUACCACAAGUGCCUUUCCUGUAUGUGUAACUUGAAUGACUAGCUCUCAUCUUGAGCCAAACUUUCUUCCUUAAAGAAAAACAAAAUAUCACCAAACACUUUGAAUGUAGUAAGUGUGUUAAAGCCUUUGCAAAUCCUUGUCAUCUCAAAACACAUAAAAUAACACAUACUGGACAGAUAACAUAUGAAUAUAGUCAAUGUGUAAAGCAAUUGUAUGUAUCAAAAUCAUGGGAAGAAAUGACACUGCAAUGAAACCUUAUAAAUAUUGACAGUGUGCUAAAGUUUUUUUUUUUGGUUUUUCGAGACAAGUUUUCUCUGUAUUGUUUUUUCUACCAUGUCCUUGAAAUUGCUCGGUACACCAGGCUUGUUUCUCACUCACAGAGAUCUGCCUGCCUCUGCCUCCCAAGUGCUGGGAUUAAAGGCAUGCACCACCACCGCCCAGCUAAAGUUUUUUUUUUUUUGAGAUGUAAAACUUGGUGUGCAAUCAUUCUGUUGAUGCCUUUGUAAAUUACAACAGUCUUGAAUGUGAAAAAAGACAAUUAGUCAAUUUUUUAUAAAAAUUAAUCUUUAGCCAACACACAACCUUGUUUAUUCUGUAGAGGACAGUGACCAAUACGAUGGUCUGUAGAAGUAAGAUGAUGGCUGUUUGUAUAUUGUUUGUACCAGUAAACUCAUGGGAAAAUGAAUUUAUAAAACCCUGGGUUUAGGAGAAAUGGACAACCAAGUUACACACUCAGUCCCUGAAACCAGAAGCAGUGAAAUAGAAAUACUUUGGCCCUUAAGCAAGAGACAUAAAAAUUCACCCUGACUUUGAAUCCCUAGACAAAGAAACAUACUUUUUCACUGAAACCAGAGCUAGUGAAAGAAAUACUUCUUUUCUGAAAUGACAGACAAAAUAUAAAAAUAGACAGUGAGAGAAACAGACUGGGCUCUAAACCAGAGUCAAAAGAACACAAUCAAUCCUUCACCAAUUGAGCAUUAACCCAACAAAUCCCUGAACUUAAAACCAUCUAGUCCCUGAGCAUAAAAUACAUACAGUGUCUGAGCUUGCUCAAGCUCAGGGAAUAAUGGAUUUCAGUUGGCAGUUGCUGUCACAUCAAAUCCAUUAGGCUCGGUGUUACAUGUUUCACAGAGUGAGGUGAUAACUUCAAAAGAAGGAGGUCGCUUGGAACCAGUUGUGAAAUUCUUGGCUGGAGAAAAAUACUUGGCUGUGGUUCAUGUGGAAAUUUUUCUUGUUCUUCUAUUCCUUUUCCAUAUUAAGUAUUCCUAAAUAUUAAAUAUUUAAACAAAGACAUAGAUGAGAAACCAAACCACUCUAUUAUCAAUAAAAUCAAAAGAAUUAGGUUACACAGAAGGAUGAGAGAUGUCAUUAUAAGUUUGAGGAGAGAUCUGGCACUGGUGAGAUUUCCAGAGAUCUGCAAGUUUGACACCAACUGGAAAACUAAGCAAUAGUGAAGAGACUACCUUAGAUGCUCCUCCCUAAUAAUGAGUUUCGUGACUGUCUUAAAUGCCAUCUUACAACCUUCAGCUAGUGACUGAUGGAAGCAAAGGCAAACACCCAGAGCUAAACAUUGAACUGAACUCCUGAAACCCAGUUGAAGAGAGGGAGGAAUGGUGAGCAAAGAAGUCAAGACUGGCCUGGUGAAACCCAUAAA